AUGUCAUCUCCUCAACCAACCAGUCCACAAACAAUUAUCCCUCCAACACAAAAUCAACAAGGGUCUCAAGCAGAUCAAUUCUUUAAUAAUAUUGCGGCAAAUCCGCUUGCUAGUGCUGGUCUUUCUGUAGCACAAAAUUAUUUAAAUCAAGGAGACCAACUACUUAAGUCACAAUUAGGUGGAAUUUUUUCAUUUGAUGCAUGGAGAUAUUAUUUUAAUGUUAACACUUCAUUCGUAUUGAAAAAAAUAUUAAUGAUUAUAAUGCCAUAUCCAUUCUUAGGUAAUUGGGAAAGAAAAUAUAUAAUUGGAGAAGAUGAAUCUAAAUUAUAUAACGUUCCACAAGAGGAUAUUUAUGCUCCAGAUUUAUAUAUUCCUUUAAUGGGAUUUAUUACAUAUGUUCUUGCUAUUGGAUUUUAUUAUGGAUCUAAAGGAACAUUUACACCAGAAACAUUAAGUAUGACAACAACAUUAUGUUUAAUUCUUAUUUCACUUGAAGUACUAGUAUUAAAAUUCCUUGAAUAUAUGUUAUUUAAUUAUUCAUCUGACUUUAGAAUUUAUUUGUCAUAUGUCUCCUAUGUUUUUGUACCUGUAUUAAUGUGUACAUUCGUUGGUUCAUUACAAAUUCCUUAUUUGACAUAUAUAGCAUUAUUAUUUUUUGGAACUUCAUAUGCUUUUUUCCUUUAUAAAAUGUUAUUUGGUUCGUUAGCAUCAAUUCAAACAGAAGAAAAUAAAAAACGUAUUUAUUCAAUAUGCGUUGGAGUGUUCCAAAUUAUUCUUAUUUUCUUUAUGAUGAAAUGA